CAUGAGAACGUCAGCUUGUUCUGCCAGCAAAAUUUGUGUUCCUGUUCUCUGUCUUUUGUUGCUAAUGAAGAAUAAAGUGGACUCAGUUGACCUGUUGGCGCCAGAAGAAGUAACGGCAACACCUGGUGGAUUGGUGGAAAUCGCAUGUCAGUACGAUCUUCAGUUUAAGGAAAGUCCUAAAUACUGGUGCAAAGGAUCAGUUUAUGAACUGUGUAGAAUACUAGUGAAAACCAACCGGAAAACACAAAGUGACAGAUACUUAAUUGCCGAUGAUAGGGAAACAGGCGUCUUUACCGUAACUAUGACUUCACUCAUGGAAAAGGAUGAAGAUAAGUACUGGUGUGUAAUAGCCAGGUUUGGAAGAAACGUCUACAAAGGUGUCAGGCUUGUCAUCACUCAAACAGCUACAACACCAAGCACCACAGAAAGUAGCUUCUUUGCACAGCAGGAAACAAGUCUGUGGGCAUCUCUACGGUGGUUUCUCUUUUUAGUGAUAUUAGGGUGUUUGGCAAUUACACAUGUGGUUGUCCGGAGAAUGGAGGCUUCAAGGAACCCAGAAUCAGAAACGACUGAUAUGUAAAUGAGCUGGUUUGUGGGUGAAUCAUAAACAAAGUCAUAAACAUUCACUUUUGACAUCAAGAACAAUGGAGCCGCUAAAGAAGACAUGGAGUGGACAUUCAUUUUGUGUGUGAACACAGGUUUUACAUCCUGGUUCAUCGACCAUAACAAUUGGAGAGACACAACACCAACAAUUGUUUUAAGCCCUGUCAAAGUCAUUUAUCACAAAAAGCAAAGGUAAAGAAGGAUGUUGGUGACAACUCGGGUGUAACCGGCCAGUGUAAGCCCAGAAAUCACAGAUCAGGAGAGCUUUUUAAUGGCAGGUGUACCGGAAGUCCCUACUAUAUAUAACAUUUGGGAACACCAAGAACUGCAGCAGCAGGUGGCCGUCACAGGAGGAGUAGGGGGUUCCAUUUGUGUCAAAAAUAUGUUUGUAUGGCGUUACCCUAUAUCAAUCCAAGGGGAAAGAAUCUAUUAAGAUGUUAAAUUUUUUAAUGUAGGUAUUUAAAUUGAUAAAGAAACGUUAGUUAAUAUUUCUCUGAGCUGAGGUGUAUUUUUGUUCCUGUUUUGACUUGUUUCACUUUAAAUAAUAACAGAACCUUCAUAUUCUGAGAGUACUCUAUAAUGGUAUAAUGUAACAGCCUCUUAUGAUAUGCAGGUAGAAUCAGCAUAUUGUACCUGAUACUAAUCAAAACUUUGACACGUUGAUACUAAUCAAAACUUUCUUUAAGCUUCUUUUAAAAAGUGAAUUAUAUUCUGUAAAACAGACUGUGAUGAUUAUUAAUUAUGUUAGAUAAAUGUCAUACUAUCUCAGCUGUUGCUACUGAAAGUGAAGUAAUUGUGAGUCUGAAGAAUUGUUUAGAAUCAAUUGUUUUCUUCAUGUGCAACACAGAAGUAGUGAAAUACCAUGAACAUAAA